UAGUGAUAAUGGGUUGUGCAUUGACGUAUGAUCUAUUAUCAACGUUACGGUAGGAAAAAAAAUGAUGACGUAGAGGCACAUCUUCCGCUUGGAAGGACACCAGCCGGCCGAGGAGGCACCUCCGCACCAAGGACAGGCCGACCAGACUGGCUCCUCCGGCCGCAGCGGCGGGUGCAAACUCUCGGUCCGGCAAAAUCGUGAGACCCCCGUGCCGACGGUGUGUAACGGCGUCCGCAGAGGCUUUCCACCCGUCACGACUCGUAUUAUUUACAUAUCGACCAGCCCAGCUUGGAUAAUCCCUUCUGAGACAGAAAGAGAGCUGAUUUUUUUUUUUUUAUUUUAUUUUUUUUUUUUUUACUCAAACAACUCUCAACAUGUCGAGCACUCAGAUAGACAACGGCUCUGCAAACUCAGCAGAAGCUAAGAAAGCAGACAUGAGAAUGAAUGAGAAGAAGUGCUCAUGGGCCUCCAAUAUGACAAACUCUCCAACGGUGAUCGUAAUGAUCGGCCUGCCUGCAAGAGGGAAGACCUACAUGUCAAAGAAACUCACACGUUACCUCAACUGGAUCGGAGUCCCAACCAAAGUGUUUAACUUGGGCGUGUACCGCAGAGAGGCCGUCAGAGCUUAUAAGUCCUAUGAUUUCUUCCGGCACGACAAUGAGGAAGCCAUGAAAAUAAGGAAGCAGUGUGCUCUGGUAGCUCUGCAGGAUGUGAAGGCAUACCUGUUGGUGGAGGGAGGUCAGAUCGCGGUGUUUGAUGCAACAAACACAACAAGAGAACGGCGUGACCUCAUUCUAGCUUUUGUGAAGGAGAAUGCAUUCAAGGUGUUCUUUGUGGAGUCGGUGUGUGACGACCCAGAGGUCAUUGCUGCUAAUAUUCUGGAAGUGAAAGUGUCCAGUCCAGACUACCCUGAGAGACACAGAGAGAGGGUCAUGGGCGAUUUCCUCAAACGAAUCGAGUGCUACAAGGUUACUUAUCAACCAUUAGAUCCUGAUGAUUACGACAAGGACCUAUCUUUCAUCAAGGUGAUGAACGUGGGUCGGCGUUUUCUGGUGAACCGCGUUCAGGACUACAUCCAGAGUAAGAUUGUCUACUACCUCAUGAACAUCCACGUGCACUCUCACUCCAUCUACCUGUGUCGGCACGGAGAGAGCAACCACAACGUUGAAGGCCGCAUCGGAGGAGAUUCUGAACUGUCUCCUCGAGGGAAACAGUUUGCCCAUGCCCUGCGAGACUUCAUUGAGGAGCACGACUUGUUGGAUUUGAAGGUGUGGACGAGCCAACUGAGAAGAACCAUCCAGACAGCAGAGGAGCUGGCCGUCCCUUAUGAACAGUGGAAGAUACUCAACGAGAUUGAUGCAGGUGUGUGUGAGGAGAUGACUUAUGAGAUGAUCGAGAACGCGUUCCCAGAGGAGUUUGCUUUGAGGGACCAGGACAAGUACCACUAUCGUUACCCAGGAGGGGAGUCCUACCAAGACCUUGUUCAACGCUUGGAGCCGGUUAUCAUGGAGUUGGAGAGGCAGGGCAACGUGUUGGUCAUCUGCCACCAGGCUGUGAUGCGCUGCCUGCUCGCUUACUUCCUGGACAAGAGUGCAGAAGACCUGCCAUACAUGAAAUGCCCGCUCCACACAAUACUCAAGCUGACCCCUGUUGCAUAUGGUUGUAAAGUGGAGAUGUUUUAUCUCAACGUGGAGGCAGUGAACACGCAUCGAGACCGGCCUCUUGAUAAAAUCCCCAGGGACUCUGCUCUCAUACAUCGGCGGAAUAGUUACACGCCCUUGUCCAGUCACGACCAGGUCAAGCGUCCCAGGCUCUACAGCGCGGGCAACCAGCCCUGGCUACCGCUCGCCCCCACCCCAUCAGCUCUGAUGCCAGAGGGACGGCAAAGCCAAGUUAGUGCCAUAGCUACAGGCUCCCCCAUUAAAUCAGUCACCGUCAAAUGUACUCAGUCACCUCCCACCACAGUUUGUAACCCUGUGUCUGGCAUUCCCUCGCCUCAGUUUUGGAUUGUCUCAAUGAUUUAGUUUUCCGUGUUUAAAAUGACGUAUAUAGAAUCCAUCUCUGUAUCUUUCUCUCUCAGGGCAUGUCUUGGAUCUUGAAUGGUCUUUUUAUGUUGCGCCUGUCUGUUUCCAAAGUCAGAUGUUUGUCUUGCAUGACCUCUGCUUCACGACUGGGCUGUCUCCGGCUUGAAUAUGCAGAACAGCACGUCUACUUUUAUUAGUUAGCCUCUACGGGAUAGAAAAGACACACACACCAAAGGCAUCUUGUACUGUAUUUUGGUACAAGUACACAUUGUUAGCUAAACUUAACCUUCAUAAAUCUACAGUGAUGAUUAAAAACUGAAUCAAUUUGAGAAAAUGAACACAUUCUACAAAUCACAGAUGUCAAACUUACAAAAAAUGUUGAAAUUUUAAAAUGCAUAUUCAUCUUUGUACGUGUUGUGUAUGUGUUGGCCUGGCCUCAUGGGUAAAGUGCUACAGCCCCUCUCCACAUUUCUAUCUCUCUCUUUCCCCACUUCCUCUAAACCUGUCUUACAGCCUCGGACAGGAAGCAGUUGUCUGUGAGUAUUUUGGAGAUUUAGUACAUGUGUAGCCCGCCUUUCAUUUUCUUUCCCACAGUUCAACUCAUGUCAUAGUAACCCAUGGCCAUCUGUCGUCACAGUGGUGCAUUUUUUAUGGUUUUCAAUCUUUUGGUUUGUCUAACCUUCGAACCACCUUUGUACUUAAAUAAGAACGAAAGCUGUCGCCAUUGUUUCAUCUCAGUGUCCUUAUUAGGACAACUCUUAUCAGACGCUGAUUCUGUGGUAGUUUCAUAAAUGGUAAAACUCUUUGAUUAUAGUAUUUAUUAGACACCUAAAUAUAUUUCUAAAUGGGAAAAUAAUGUAGGAAUUCUCAGGGUAUUUAAGUAUUGAUUUCCUUGUUAUUGCAUACAAUUAAGGCUACUAUAUCACGCUAGGAGCCGGAAUGUGAUUUAUAAUGAAUCACUUCUUGAGAAUGUGCUAAAGAAGAGUCUCCACUAAUGUGGACUGUCACAUUUCUCAGAAUGACCUCAUUUUUCAAAUAGGAACUUAAAAGACUCCUGGCCCCGCUGGUAGGCUGUUAGCUUCCUCCAGUAGGAUCUGCUGCUGUUUGGCUUUCAUUUGUGAACGUCGGUGACAUUUUCUUU